CACGACCUCCAACAAAUGCCUGCAUGUAUUUCUUUGACAAAGGUGCGUGAGCUCGAGACUGAGGUGGAGGCCGAGCAYAGAAGAGGUGUAGACGCUGUUAAAGGAGUCCGCAAGUAUGAGCGCAGAGUGAAGGAGCUCACUUACCAGACUGAGGAGGAUAAGAAGAACGUUAGCAGGCUUCAGGACCUGGUAGAUAAGCUGCAGAUGAAAGUGAAGGCCUACAAGAGGCAUUCUGAGGAAGCGGAGGAAGCAGCAAACCAGCACAUGUCUAAGUUCAGGAAGGUUCAGCAUGAGCUGGAGGAGGCUGAGGAGCGUGCUGACAUCGCUGAGACUCAGGUCAACAAGCUCAGAGCCAAGACCCGUGACUCUGGAAAGGUACAGAACUGCUUCUAAACCUAUA